GCCCCGCCCAGCGGCCUGCGCUCCGGGGAAGGUCUCGGUUUAGGUCCCGGCUCAGGUCCCAGCGCUCGGAGUCAUAAGGCCGGUAGGCAGGGGAGCCCAGCCGGCGAGCCGCAUGGAGCCGCGCGCCGGGGACGGCUGCUUCCUGGGAGAUGUGGGUUUCUGGGUGGAGCGCACGCCCGUGCAUGAGGCGGCUCAGCGGGGUGAGAGCCUGCAGCUUCAGCAGCUGAUUGACAGUGGAGCAUGUGUUAACCAGGUCACUGUGGACUCGAUCACACCCCUUCAUGCAGCGAGUCUGCAGGGCCAGGCCCAGUGUGUGCAGCUGCUGCUAGCAGCUGGUGCCCAGGUGGACGCACGCAACAUUGACGGCAGCACCCCUCUUUGUGAUGCCUGUGCCUCAGGCAGCAUUGAGUGUGUGAAGCUCUUGCUGUCCUAUGGGGCGAAAGUCAACCCUCCUUUGUACACAGCAUCCCCGCUACACGAGGCCUGCAUGAGCGGGAGUUCUGAAUGUGUGAGGCUUCUUAUUGACGUCGGGGCCAACCUGGAAGCCCACGAUUGCCAUUUUGGGACGCCUCUACAUGUUGCCUGUGCCCGGGAGCAUUUGGACUGUGUGAAAGUGUUGCUCAAUGCAGGGGCCAAUGUGAACGCAGCGAAACUUCAUGAGACUGCGCUUCAUCAUGCAGCCAAGGUAAAGAACGUUGACCUCAUCGAGAUGCUCAUAGAGUUUGGAGGCAACAUCUACGCCCGGGACAACCGGGGCAAGAAGCCCUCGGACUACACGUGGAGCAGCAGUGCCCCAGCCAAGUGCUUUGAGUACUAUGAAAAGACACCUCUUAGCCUCUCACAGCUCUGCAGGGUGAGCCUGAGGAAGGCCACCGGUGUCCGAGGACUAGAGAAAGUCGCCAAGUUGAACAUCCCUCCCCGGCUCAUCGACUACCUUUCCUACAACUGAGCUGCAGGCAGGGGGCCGGAAAGGCUGAUGGCUGGCCCAGUUUUCACCUUGCUAUGCCUAGCCCUGGGCUCUAAAGAGAUUCUGCCUGUUUCUCUGAAACACUAUCAUUGCUGUAGAUUGGUUGAUGCUCCUUCGUGUUCCUUCUGGUUGUCCUUUUUGAUGUCUUCUUCUGAACCCCAGAGAAGAUCCCUGAAGUCCCAGAAGGCCAGUGUCUGUCAUCACAGUUGUGGAUGUAACCCUUGCUAGGCUUCUGGAACAAACGUAGUCUUUCUAGGACAGGCUCAGUUCUCCGUGUUUCUUUUUUCACCGGCCACCCUCAAAUAGAGAUAGUUCAAGGUGCACAGGGGAAUCUGGGGACUCAGAAUGCUGAUGUCGAUGGUUUUUAUCUGGGUGCCAUUCCACAGAAGCAUCAGGUUCUAAGCACUUGACCCUGUGGACUGAGACACUACUCUGCUGCAUCGUGCCAUUUGGAUAGUUUUUCUGGGGCAGCAGCUGGCACUUUCCAAGGUCUACCUUCACCCAGGUAUAUCACUCAGGGGCUUUACAGAUCAGACUUUGUACCCCCACAUCAAGCAGUGUUUUUUUUUUGGGGGGGAUGACUGUCUCCAAUAUUAGGACUCAAAUCUGUUUAAAAAGUUUAUGUUGGAGCCUGGAGAGAUAGCU